GAAGGAUUGAGAGGGUGUGCGUUCUAUAUCGAGGGUGAAAUACACGAAAUUCCUCGUGGGAGUGGCGACCAAAAAAUCGCCGGCUGCUAAUUUUCCAAUGCUAAAAAUGCGUUGCUGUACAUUGUAAAUUAUACAUUCUACUGGACGGAGUGCAUACCUCAGGUACCUGGCCGAGUCUUUUGAAAUCGCCAUGCCGCCGAAGAAAAAGGAAGUUGAAGAGAAGCCAGCACUGAUUGGUCGUCUCGGAACAAAUCUUAGAUGUGGAAUUGUGGGAUUACCUAAUGUCGGGAAAUCAACAUUCUUCAAUGUGCUAACCAAGAGUCAGGCAGCUGCCUCCAACUUCCCCUUCUGUACCAUUGAGCCUAAUGAGAGUAAAGUGCCAGUGCCUGAUACUAGAUAUGACUUCCUUUGUAAAUUUUGGUCUCCUGCAAGUAAAGUGCCAGCGUUUCUUAAUGUGACAGAUAUUGCCGGUUUAGUAAAGGGAGCGUCCACUGGAGAGGGUCUAGGAAAUGCCUUCUUAUCACACAUAAAAGCCUGCGAUGCGUUGUUUCACAUGAGCAGAGCAUUUGAAGACACGGAUGUUACUCAUGUUGAUGGGGAUGUCGACCCGGUCCGUGAUCUGAUAACGAUUUUAGAAGAAUUGCGUUUAAAAGAUAAGGAAUAUGUCGACAAAAAAGUAGAAAGCAUGGAGAAAAGGAUGGAUAAAAAGCAGAAGGCUGAAUUUGACUGUUUAAAAAAGGUACAAGCUCUUCUAAACGAAGGGAAACAUAUUAGGUUUGCACACUGGAAUACUAUCGAGAUCGAGACAUUGAAUCAGCAUCUUUUUAUCACAUCAAAACCAAUGAUUUACCUUGUGAACUUAUCCGAGAAAGACUACCUGAGGAAAAAAAAUAAGUGGUUAGCAAAAAUCAAAGCCUGGAUUGAUGAAAAUGAUCCUGGCGCUGUGCUUAUUCCCUUCAGUGGUGUACUGGAGUUACGACUUGUCGAGAUGUCAGAAGAAGAGAGAAAAGCGUUUCUGGAUGAAAAUAAGUGUCAAUGUGCUCUAGAAAAAAUUAUCAAGACUGGUUACAAAGCCCUCCAACUGGAAUAUUUCUUCACAUGUGGCAAGGACGAGGUCAAGGCUUGGACCAUUCAGAAGGGAACCAAAGCGCCACAAGCUGCUGGUCGUAUCCAUACAGACUUUGAGAAAGGAUUUAUCAUGGCUGAGGUGAUGAAGUUUACAGACUUCGAGGAGCAUGGGUCAGAGCAGGCUUGCAAAGCUGCAGGCAAAUAUCACCAGAAGGGAAAGGACUACCUUGUCAUGGAUGGUGACAUCAUCUUCUUCAAAUUCAAUGCAGGAGCUGGAUUAUCGGAUAAGAAGAAGAAAUAGACUCAUCUGGAAAAUGAACUCUUCAGUAAUCAGUAAGAUGCUGUGUUCCUGUUAAUUACCAGAUAACCUAUGUUAAGUUCUUGUUAUCACAAAUGUUUCAUGUUUUUGACUGCAUGUGCAUGCCUGUUCUUUUGGUUAUAAUAUCCGAGCGCACCCUUCAAUGGUGUCGUUUGGAGAAAAGAACAUUUUAAGAGGGGUUUAGUUCAAACAGUGGGAAAAUUGAUGACUGAUAUUUUCGACCAGUAUUUGACUGUGGCGGUUCUCAGUAGUUGGGUUGGAGUGAUUGUGCCUGUGGUGUCUUGCUGUUCCAAACCUGAGCAGAGCGAUGGAGUGCUGUUGGACAUCACGGGGACAAGAAAGAUUGCGGAAUCGGUACAAAUUCAUAAGCAACAUCAAAAGGUCAUUGGGAGUGACCAGGGCCGCUAUUUCUAUUUCUACCAUGAGUACUUGACUCGUGUAUGGCACGAACUCCAAGACCAAAAGACAGCCACAGUCCUAAGGUGGUCAGAAAUA